GCACUUCCUGUUGAGAGGGACUUUAACUUUGUAAACAGACAAAAUGGCUCCACGUUACUUUGUAGUUACUCUGGUCACGUGGAUGUCACGAAAACUUUGACGCUAUUAUAAUUGUUAUAAUGGAGCCGGGCGCGUGCAGCUGCUGCUCUGAGGAGCCAUGUGCCUCAGGCGACUCGACAGACAAUUAAAUCUGCCGCCAGAUAGAUAAAUGCUCUCACCAGAAUGAUCAAACACACUCUUCUUCUCGCGGCCAGACGUGCCCUCUCACUCCCCGGUCUGCGCUUCUUCUCCGGCGGGGGAAUAAUUGGAGACGUGUCUGAAUGGGCAGGAUCUCCACAUCUCACAGAGCAGGCGUCUCUCUAUGUGCACUGGCCUUACUGUCUCAGGAGGUGUUCCUACUGUAACUUCAACAAGUAUAUACCCAGAGAGAACAAUAACAGCAUCAUGACUGACUGCCUUCAGCGGGAGACUGAGACAUUGCUGCAGCUCAGUCAGGUGUCCAGCAUCACCUCAGUAUUUUUUGGUGGUGGGACUCCAAGCCUGGCACACCCAUCCACGAUCGCAGCGAUCCUUGAAACUGUUUCCAGACAGGUGAAUCUGUCAGAUGAGGCUGAGGUCACGCUCGAGGUCAACCCUACUCCUGCGGGAAAGUCAAAAUUAGAGGAUUUCUGCCAUGCUGGGGUUAACCGUUUCUCCAUUGGGGUCCAGUCUUUGCAGGACAAUGACUUGAAAAUCCUUGGAAGAGACCACAGUUCUCACCAGGCUUUGCAAACUAUUGAGGAGGCUCAGAGGCUGUGCCCGGGGAGGGUGUCAGUGGACGUCAUGUUUGGUCGCCCCAAGCAGAGUGUCGAAUCCUGGGAGAACGAGCUGUCUGAGCUGCUGAGGGUGUGUGAUGACCAUGUGUCACUGUACCAGCUGACCCUGGAGCGAGGCACCCAGCUGUUUAAACAGGUGCAACGGGGAGAAGCGACUGUGCCAGCCGAAGAUGUGACGGCAGAGAUGUACCAGUCUGCCAGGAAGACUCUGCACCGGCAUGGUUUUCUGCAGUAUGAGGUGUCAAACUUUGCAAGAAAUAAUGCAGUGAGUCAUCACAACAUGAGCUACUGGAAGGGAAGACAGUACAUCGGUGUCGGACCAGGAGCACAUGGGCGCUUCGUUCUCUUGGGGGAGGGAGGUGUCGUCCGGGAGGCCCGCACCCAGACUCUCGAGCCUGACGUGUGGAUCCGCGAAGUUCAGCAGCAGGGACAUGGGACGCGGAGGAGGAUUCAGCUCGGUCAUCUUGAACUAUUGGAGGAGGUGUUGGUGAUGGGAAUGAGAAUGACAGAGGGCAUUAAUCACAAGCAUUGGGAGUUGUUUAGCCCUCAGCUGGGCCUCCAUGAAGUCUUUGGUAAAUCCACUGAUGUCCAAGAGCUGCUACAGAGUGGGCAGCUGAUUCUUGAUGACAGAGGUCUGCGCUGCUCCUGGGAUGGACUGGCCCUACUGGACAGCAUACUGCCAGCUUUACUGGUGGAACUGGAAACACAAAUCCUCCAGAGGCAACAAAGGGACCACAGAGCUGAUGGACAAACACAGAAGACCUCCAACCCACAAUAACAGUAAUCUUAACUUUGGAGAAAGCUUGUUUGUGGGUUAGACUAGCAGGACGUGUAAAACUAUCCCUGAAAACAGGCUGAUAUUGAUGAGUUAAAUCAGUCUAACACAUCUUAUUUAUUAAGUUUAAUGCCACAGUAUUUGAAUUACUUAUUUAAGGCUGUGCCAUUUUUCACACUGAAUUCAAUGACACCUCGAACCACCACAGCCUGACCAGUGAAAUUAUGGUUGCUAUUUACUGUCAUCAAAACAUGAUUACUACUCUCGUGGUGCAUUGUUUGACUUGAUAUGAGUGCCUGUACAUUCUUCUAUAUAUACUUACAUGGAUAUUUUUUGCAUUUGUAAAUACACCUGUUGAAUACAUCAACCUAUCUCCAUACCAUUCCAUGUUCAAGCCACCACCGCUGACAGACGCUCAGGUUAUAUUUUACUAAGACAAGCUCUGCAGACAGAGCAUUUAUUAAAAUCCCAGACUUAAUUUACAUGUCCAUAUGCUGUCAUUGCAUCUGCAUUGUCUUAUCACGUAUAAUACAGUAGAUAACACACCAUUUAGAUUAAUAUUAAUUUCCUGGCCAGCUCUGACUGUGGCCUCUGUACAUUCUCAGAAAAGGGAAAAGGUCUCCAUCUCUCUUUUGGAAAAUCAAUUUAUUCAUUAAUCCCUACAAAAAGAUAAACUUCUUAUGGGUUCAUAAUUUCCUCCAGUGUAAUACGGUACUGACUGAGAAAAUACACAAUACACAAAGUUAAA